GCAGGAGCCCUGACCAUGCUACUGGAGGAUGAGGAUUUUAAGUUCUUUCUGGAACUUUAUCACCACAUCAUGCCACAUGUAGACUUCCUCUAUGCCAAGCUCCAGAAAAAGAACAUUGAUUCAGUCCAUAUCAAAGUGAGCAUCCAACAGUUCCAACAAGAAAUACAAAAGAUCAGAAACUCUCUCCACUCCAUUGGUGAGCAAAGCAGUGGUUCUCGUCCAACAAAGAGGCGCCGGGCGCUCAGUUCGGAAGACCGUGAAAGGAUUGCAGCAGAGGGGGACAGGUUUGAUGAGUACAAGGAUACCUUUCCUGAAGAUGCAUUGAGCAGCACCAUGAAAGCGUACCCGAUGCUCAGUGGAAGCAAGCUGAAGACGGAGCUCAGUCUCAUCUACAGCAAGGAAGAGUUCAGAGCCUGCCGUGGUGCUGUGGACCUAUUCCAGCUGUUUAUGGAGAAUAAUCUCGAAGAAGUCUUUUCCGAAACUGUGACUCUCCUAAAAGUUAUCAUUACCACACCCAUGACCACGGCUGAAGCUGAGAGGUGCUUCUCAACCUUGAAACGAAUAAAAACUUUUCUCAGAAACACCAUGACCCAGGAGAGGCUGAAUGCACUGGCAUUGCUGUCCAUGGAAAAGAGACUUGUUACGGAGAUGACUGACUUUAAUCAGAGAGUAGUUGAGAAAUUUGCUGGCCAGAAAGAAAGAAGAGCAAAAUUUAUGUUCAAGUAGGAAACAUGCUUUUUGGUACUUUGGUCUGAAAUGUAUAUAAAAGAGAAACAUUUAUGUUCAAGUAGGAAACAUGCUUUUUGGUACUUCUUUUGGUCU